UCUGCCCGGGCCAGGGCGGCGGCUGCAGCCGGGAGGGCGACGUGGAGCGGCCACGUGGAGCUGCCCGGGGGAGGGCGGGCGGCGCAGCAGCCUCAGCGCCCACGAAGCCGGAGCCCGGCCCGCGCGUGCCGCCGCAGCAGUUCCAGCUUCCGGAAGGAUGUUACCUCUGAUGAUGAGAGUGUUAAUGCUGCUGCUGCUGCCCCUGGGUCAGGCUGCUCCCAAGGAUGGAGCCACGAGGCUGGACUCUGAAGUGCAGCACCAGCUCCUGCCCAACCCCUUCCAGCCGGGCCAGGAGCAGCUCCGACUUCUGCAGGGCUACCUAAAGGGACUAGAGAAGAUGGAAGAGGAGCCAGAGCACCUGAGCCGGGAGCAGGUUCUCCUCUACCUCUUUGCCCUUCAUGACUAUGACCAGAGUGGACAGCUGGAUGGCUUGGAGCUGUUGUCCAUGUUGACAGCCGCCCUGGCCCCUGGAGCUGCUGACUCUCCUACCACCAACCCGGUGGUCCUGGUAGUGGACAAGGUGCUCGAGACCCAGGACCUGAAUGGGGAUGGACUCAUGACCCCUGCAGAGCUCGUCAACUUCCCAGGAGAGGCCCCCAGGCAGGCAGAGCCCAGAGAGCCCCUUGCUCCAUCUCCCCGGGAGCCACAAGCUGUUGGGAGGCAGUCCCUGUUAGUGAAAAGCCCAUUAAGGCAAGAAACACAGGAAGCCCUGGAUCCCAGAGAAGCAGCUGGGGGCCACGUAGAGACCAGAAGGGAGUCCUUGGAGCCUGUCCAGGAGGCUGGGGCCCAGGCAGAGGCUGAAGGAGAUGCCCCAGGUCUUGGAGGGGAAGCUGGGGCCCAGGCAGAGGCUGAAGGAGAUGCCCCGCAUCUUGGAGGGGAGGCUGGGGGCCAGGCAGAGGCUGAAGGAGAUGCCCCAGGUCCUGGAGGGGAGGCUGGGGGCCAGACAGAGGCCAGGGACAAUGGGGAGGAAGCCAAAGAGCUUCCAGGGGGAACACUGGAGUUGAAGAACACCCCAAAUGAGUUUGAGGUUCACAGUAUUCAACUGGAGAAUGAUGAGAUAUAAACCUUGAGGAUACAGGCUUGCAGUCCUCGAAGUCUCAGUGCCAGGACACAAGCCACUAAAGGAGGCACAUGUGUUGGGACCACUUCUGUGUCCCCUUUUUGGCCCCAGUAGGUGUCAGGUCUUCUGUGCAGCUCAGGGAGACCCUAAGUUAAGUGGCAGCUUUAGGGCCCAGACAACCAAUAAAUGACUGAAUUAAUUUA